AGAGGGAGGGCUGUAGGUGGGUGCACACAUUUUGUUUGGUUCACUACACUGAUCUCUCUCUCUUUCUCUCAUUCUCUCUCUCGCUCUCUUUCUCUCUCUCCUUGAAUCAGUGACACACCUUCCUGCAUGUAGCUCAACUCUUCUCCUUAUCGCUCUCUCCGUCUGACGUUCGCUCUCACUUUCGCAUGCUUCAGAGGGAAGAUAGCAGACUGUUUCCUGACACUGACGGAACUCGACUCAGCCAGCGGCAACAAAAGGGAAGAUGAGCGGAUGAGUGAGAAUGGACAGGGAGCGUGGCAUAAAAGACAGGAGAUGAGACAGACACAGAGAGAGAGAGACAGAGAGACCAACAUCACUCCGUAGUCUCAGGAUAAGUCACACACAUUCCAGAGGAGGCUCAGGAUUCUUAUAAGACUAUGGCACACAGUGAGGAGGACCUCAUUGGGAUCCCCUUCCCGAAUCACAGCAGCGACGUCCUGUGCAGUCUGAACGAACAGCGCCGUGAUGGCUUCCUCUGUGAUGUGGUCCUGGUGGUGAAGGACCAGGAGUACCGUACACACCGCUCCGUGCUGGCUGCCUGCAGUCAGUACUUCAAAAAACUCUUCACCGUGGCCACGGGUGAUGGCGACCCCAGCCAUCAUGGUGUUUACGAGCUGGACUUUGUAGCACCCGAGUCGCUGACGGCAAUUUUGGAGUUUGCGUACACGUCGACGCUGACGGUGACUCCGUCCAACGUAAAGGAGAUCCUGGGUGCGGCACGGCUUUUGGAGAUCCCGUGUAUCAUUAACGUAUGUUUGGAGAUCAUGGAUAGCGGUGGAGGGGGAGGUAACGGUGGUGGAGAAGGAGAAGGAGAAGAAGAGGAGGAUGAAGAAGAAGAUGAGGAAGAAGAGGAAGACGAGGAAGAAGAGGAAAUGGCAGAAGAGGCAGAGGACGACUCGAAAGAUGGUGAGGUCGAGGAACAUGACGGGGACAAUGUCAGUGAACGAUCUCUCCAAGCAGGUGCUUCUGAAAACCAGCAGAAUCGAAUUACUGGUGGAGAACGAGGAGCAGACAGUCCUGCGUGCAGCUCACAGCAGAAAGUACAUUCAGAAAGAGACUUGCCAAACUCUCAGAGAUGCCAAUCGCGUACCCCAGAAAAACCCCGAGAGCAAGAAGGACUGGAAGGCAGAGCGCUGAAAGACUUUUCCAUCGCGUCCCUGCUGCAGGAAGGGCUAUACCCAAAGAUGCCAGGAAUGGAGAGAGGGUCAGGGUUUACUUCUCUUCUUCCUGGAUUCUAUCCUCCAAUUUGGGCAACAGAGUUUCCAGGCUUCCCGCAACUCCUGGAUCCCCAAUGCCCGCCUCACCCCUACUCGACUUCUUCGUUGGACAACGGGCCCUUGGAUCUUGCCAUCAAGAAAGAAGUCAUCAAAGAGGAACUAAAAGAUGAGCUCCCGGGUGCUCUGCUCCACAGAGAAUUCCUCAAAGACUUUGUUAGCCCGAGCGUCGGUGCGGCCCCUGAACCCCCUCUGGGCCAGAUUAAGGACGAAGCAGACCUGCGAAGCUACUUGAGUUUCCUCUCAGCAUCCCACCUAGGGUCGCUGUUUCCACCGUGGCAGCUAGAGGAAGAGCGUAAGCUUAAGCCCAAAGCAUCACAGCAGUGUCCCAUCUGCAACAAGGUCAUCCAGGGUGCAGGCAAACUACCUCGGCACAUGAGGACACACACAGGCGAGAAACCCUACAUGUGUACCAUCUGCGAGGUCCGCUUCACAAGGCAAGACAAGCUAAAGAUUCACAUGCGCAAGCACACGGGCGAGCGACCCUAUAUGUGCCUGCACUGCAACUCCAAAUUUGUGCACAACUACGACCUGAAGAACCAUCUGCGUAUCCAUACAGGUGUGCGGCCCUACCAGUGUGAGCACUGCUACAAAAGCUUCACCCGCUCUGACCACCUGCACCGGCACAUCAAGCGCCAGAGCUGCCGCGUGUCACGUCCACGCCGGGGACGCAAGCCCUCCUCUUCCUGGCGCUCCUCCUCCGGCUUCUUCUACCCUCCAGAUGCCCACCCACUACAAGGAGACCAAACAUUACGUUUGCCAUCCCUUGGUGCACCGGUGCCCCCUCAACUCCCUGAAAGACGGCAGGAAUUAGACGGUGGCAGCAGCAGAGAGAAUCUGACCGACAGGAAGCUCAUCUCAGAGGAUGUGAACAGGAAGAGGGGGGUGUUUGCUUUUGCCCUGGCAAGGGAGGACGUUCUACCGCACCCAGCCUUUUACCCCCCGAACCCUGAUCCCUGGACCAUGAGACUGGAGCGAGUGCCACCUGUUCCUGAAGCUGCAAACUGACUGCUCAGAAUUUUUUCGGUCACGCACAACUCUUUGGUUAUUUUUCCUUAAUGUGACUGAGAAGAAUAGACACGUUCAAGUCUGGAACUUUCCCCGCAGUGGGUGUGCACUUGAGCAGAAAAUGCUUUCCUGAAUUUCUGAGACUUUGCAAAUCAUAUUGGCAAAUUGCUGAUUUUAACUGAUGUCUUUUUUUGUUGUUUAAUCGUCAGCUUUCUAAUGUGAUGCCAGGGAUUUUGAAAGGAUCAAAAAAAUGGUUAAUAUCUCGGACAUGUAUUUGUAUUUAUGAUUCUUCUUGUUGUUUAUGGUUCUGUAUUUGCUAACAAGGGUAAAUUAAAGUGGGACUAAAACCUACCCACAGACUGUUAAGUGCAAUUCUUUUUUUUUUUUCCAUUCCAAAGUUUUACAGGUAAGUCAGGUAUCUAAAGGGACGAUUAUCUUCCAUAACCUCUGUCGGAAGUACUGUAAGCUACAGGCGUAUCAGUGCUUUUGGAAAAGUAUCGACUCCAGCUACAUUCACUUAUACCACUAUGCAAAGAUUUCACGGAUAAACGUUUAGAUGUUAGAAAUUUUAUCACGAAUUAACGCCAAAAAAAAAAAAAAACACGAGACACACGAGAAACAUACGAGUCGAUGUUUUCAUGACAAAACAGAUUCAAAGAAUUAUAGUAAGCAAUAUGAUGCCUAAUUUCAUUUUAUGUAUAUUACAAAAAAAAAAAAAAUUCUAGAUUAAUUUUUAUCAUCACAACCAGUGCAAAAAAAAAUCAUAUCUAUUUUAUUUGGAUUUUCUCUCAGACUCAACAUAUCUAGUUUACCCUUGAUUAGUGUCCAAUGCUUCGUAUGCACUAUUGUACAUAUUUUAUAUCAUGUUUUAUAUAAUCUUAUGGUGAAGUUGCUAAUUGUUGUAAAGUAUUCAGAACAUCCAUCAUUUUGAACAUUGAAAACACCCAAAGAUGUGUUGUAUGAGAACAAACUUGAAAGUCUUUUUAAAAAAAUCACAUUUUGAAAUCUCUUUAAAUGGCAUACCUAAAGUUGUUAAGUCUUUUUCUUUUCUUUUUCUAGCUAUGAGUUACCGGUUGAAAGUGUCUUGCGGGUGCUUGUCAUGUACAGAGAUUAAAACAGGGACCGUGUCGGUCAUUUUGA